AUGUCGCAGUAUUCUGGAAAGAUCACCUUCUACGAGGGGAAGUGCUUCACCGGCAGGAAGCUGGAGGUCAGAGGUGACUGUGAUAACUUCCAGGACCGCGGCUUCAUGAACAGGGUGAACUCCAUCCGAGUGGAGAGCGGCGCCUGGAUCUGCUUCGACCACCCCGACUUCAAGGGCCAGCAGUAUAUCCUGGAGCACGGAGAGUACCCAGAAUUCCAGAGGUGGAACUCCCACAACGAUCACAUGGGAUCCUGCAAACCCAUCGGCAUGCACGGCGAGCAUUAUCGCAUCGAGCUGUUCGAGGGCUGUAACUUCGCUGGUCAGUGCGUGGAGAUCUGCGACGACUGUCCCUUCCUGCAGAGCCGCGGCCUCGCCAAGAACUGCAUCAACUCCGUCAAGGUCUACGGAGACGGAGCCUGGGUGAUGUACGAGGAGCCAAACUUCCGUGGUCGUAUGUACAUCGUGGAGCGCGGCGACUACAACAGCCACAACGAGUGGCAGGCCCAGAACCCCAACAUCCAGUCCAUCCGCAGAGUCGUCAACUACUUCUAAACCCCGCCCCCUGAAAUCAGCCACUGAUGUCAUCGUGUACAAAAAUAAACCAG